AUGGGUUUACUCCAGUCCAUCCACAAACGGCCAGCGUAUGUUGAAAAGCCUGAUCCCAUCGGCAAUCAAACCUCAAACCAUGAUGAUCAAGGCUCCAGCAAGUCCUUGAAGUCAGUUGAGUCUAGCGGUUCAAAUGGGAUUCCACCGGCACUCAGUUUCGACAGGAUUCUGGAGGGAGGGACUUGCCCGCCUUGUACACUCCGCGAUUUCAUGAACUAUCUCCUUUACGUCGAGCGAUCAGCAGAGAAUCUCCAGUUCUUCCUGUGGCACCGCGACUAUGAGCGGCGCUUUGCCGCUGCCAAAACGGCCGACCUCUCGCUGGCUCCUGAGUGGACCCAGGCGAUGGAGGACGAGGCCAUCAUGCGCAUCAAAAAGGACCAGGCCGAAAAGGUGCGCAGGUCGCCCAAGGGAAGCGCUACCAUCUUCAAGGGCACCGACUUUGAGAAGAGCAUCGACAGCCGGGACGAGCUCGUCACCCCCGUCACCCCCGUAACACCCGUCACACCGACCGACAGGUCCCGGAGCCUCGCCAGCCAGGCGUUUGCGGCGGCCGGCGUGAAGGAUCCAUUCACCAUCCAACCCUUCCGCAAGGAACUCGACCGGGUCAUCGCCACCUACAUCAUGGACGGCGCGCCGCGGCAGCUCAACCUCUCCGAAGUCGAGCAGAAAACCACACUCCAGGCACUCGCGCACACGACGCACCCGUCGGCGUUCGCGCUGGUUGCGCGCCAGACCGACGCCGCCCUACGCCACCUGUCGCACCCCAACUUCAUCCGCUGGAGCAUCUGCAACGCCAACCCCACCCGCCUGUGUACCGCGUGGGGGGUGGGGUCCGGGGCGGUCUUGGUUGGGGUCGUGGUGGCGGUGGUGCUGACGCUGUCCGGGGCGGGGAGGGGGUAUCGUGCCCUGGCGGCGGUGGCGUGGGUGGCCGGGUUUGCGACGUUGAUGGGGGUUUAUAAGGGCAUGUGCAUCCUGCUCCACGGCCUGCGCCACCGGCACAUCCGGCCGUGGGAGCUCUUCGCCUCGGACGUGGACGGCGACGACGAGGACGCCAUCACCACCACCAAGCGCUCGUUCGACAGCUUUGGCUCCGCCAAUAGAUAUGAGGAUGAGCCGUGGCUGGUCCGUUACCAGAGGCGGCCCUUCGCCCGCAGGCUGUUUGACCGCGAGGUGUGGGUGGAGGAGCCGGCGCUGCGGCAGAUUCAGGAUGUCAUUUUUGUGCAGAGCAUCGUGUUUGCGCUUGUCUGUGCUGCUGUGUUGACGGCGGUGUUUGUGGCGGUGCCGGCGGGCGGGUUUUUCUAG